AUGAGUGUUGAACAAAGAGUAACCAGGGGAGACCAUCCUGAACCCCCCUAUCCUCUCCAUUCGUCCAUAGUUCACCGCAUCAACCCUCAAUAUGAGGCUUUCUAUAACAAGCAUAUAAUCAAGAACCAGCAAGUUCACUUGCAGCCCAUAGAAGCUUCGCGGGCAAGUGGCACUCUAAUCCCAGGUGCUGGACCCCCGGCCCCCGUGGCCCAGACAAAGGACUAUAGCAUCUCGCGGAAGGAGACUACCGGCCCGGAUGUCAGGAUUCGAGCGUUCACGCCCAAUGGAUCCAAGCCUGCCGAGGGAUGGCCUGUUUGUAUUUACUUUCACGGCGGUGGCUGGGUUUUAGGAACUAUCGACACAGAAAACGUAAUUGCAACAAAUCUCUGCGCCCGCAGCAAGUGUGUUGUUAUCGCCGUGGACUAUAGACUUGCCCCCGAAGACCCCUUUCCUGCUGCAGUGGACGACUGUUGGGAAAGUGUGCUGUGGGCUCUAGGCCAAGGGAAAGAAGCUUUGCAACUAGAUACUACUAAGCUUGCUACCGGAGGCUCUUCUGCAGGCGGAAAUCUGGCUGCGAUCAUGUGCCAACGCGCCGCCACCCUAGGCAGGUUCAAGUUCUCCUUACAAUUACUUUCGGUCCCGGUGACGGAUAACACGGCGGACAUACACAACAGCACAUCGUGGAGGGAAAACCAGCAUACCCCGGCCCUCCCAGCUCCCAAGAUGCUUUGGUACAGAGAACAUUACCUACCCAACCGGUCGGACUGGUCUCACCCCGAAGCGAGUCCGUUAUUGUGGGAAGGAGACUGGUCGAAACUUCCACCUGCCGUUAUCGUUGUUGGGGAAUUGGACGUGUUAAGGGACGAAGGGCGGCAGUUCGGAGAUAAACUACGCAAUGCGGGCGUAAAGGCUGAUGUUCAUACCAUGGCUGGCCAGCCACACCCCUUUAUUGCCAUGGAUGGUGUCCUAGACGCUGGAAGGGAGGCUAUCACAUACUUCUGUGAUGCGCUUAGGGAAACGAUGUACCCGGAACCGGACUCAGUGCCUAAAUAA